UUUUACUAUACGCUAAUAGAUGGCAGUAGUAAUAGAUUUAGUAACGCUACUCGUCGAUAGAUGGUCCUUUGCUAUAUGGUACAAUAACCGUUCUGGGCAGUUUCCUGUUGUAGUGUUUUGUCGGUGACAACCAUAAUACAGCUCUCUCUAGCUUACGAGUUUUGUGAUAAAACUCCUUUACAGUCGGGAAAUGAUGUGUCUUUCAUUCUUUAGGAUCUAACCUACAAAAUCGUACCUACCUAACAGUUUCUUAUAAUUAAAUAUAAAUGGGUGAUUUUGUUUCAAGUGAAAGCAUACUUGUUAUGUAUUUGUGCAUUGGAUGAAUUUUUAUUUUAUUCCGAAAGGAAUUAACAAGGAUGGACAUAAUAGAGGUUGAUCCGAAGUUAUUUGUCACUUGCCGGUUAUGUCUUGAAGAUUUGGGACAAUUCCAAAUAGUUCCCAGUGUUGCUGUGCAAAUCAAAUAUUGCUUUGACAUAGAAGUAGAGCCAUUUGAUGGUCUGCCACAACUGCUAUGUUCGAAGUGUAAAGAGAUAUUGAACAAAUUCAACUUAAUAAAGACAAACUUUUGUGAAAAGCAAGCAGAAUUAAAAUAUAAAAUAUCGAAUAAAGAAACAAUAUCCAUUUCACAACAUAACACAGUGAGCUCAAGCCAACAAAAUGAGGUAAUCUCUAAUGACACAACAGCUAUAACAAUAAAAAAUAAGGGUAAAAACAAAAGAGUAAUACAUUCAUCAUCAUCAUCAUCAGAUGAAGAAGAAGCAGAAAAAAUAUCACCGGCAAGGCCUAAAAGGAAAAAGGUUUUGGCAAAUAAAAAGGUUCCGAAAUGGGACAAGGACUUCAAAAAAGAAAUAGUAUGUUCAGUAUGCAAUAGUCAUUGGCAAACCAAAAAGUCAUUCUUGAAUCACUUUCAUACUCAUGAUGCUUUAAGAGCUAAAUAUAAAAAUAUAUUUAACAAGCAAUGUUCAGUAAUUUUGGUAAAAGUUGAUGGUAAACCUAAUGUCACAGGUGAAAGCAAUAUAGUAGUAUUUGAUAAAAAUAAAAUGAUUGAAUUUGGUGAUAUGGGUUUCCACACUGUCUAUUCAAGAAAUCCCAUCAUUGAUGAGAAUCCUUUAGAAAAAGAUAAUGAAUUGAAGUUGUCUAAUGAAUCUAAUUUUGGUCAAUACAAAAGCGAUGAUGAUUAUGAAAUUGUAACGAAGCGAAAAUCGAGAAGUUUGAGACUAUUUUCGAGAAGUUCCAAUGACACAGUUGUCCUGGAAAAUUGUGCCAAAAAUGAGAUAUCAGAUAAUUAUUGUGAUUCUAGAACUGCUUCACAGUGUAGUGAUGAAAUACCUGUUACUAAUAAUGAUGUUUGCAUAAAUAUCGAUGACUCGGAUAGUGAAUCAAACUCUGGAAAUGUUGAUUCAAGCAAAAGAGUAAAACAGCCUAUGGAGGCAAAGAUCGGUGAUUACAAAAUAAUACAAGGAAUUAUAUCUACGUGUGUUAAUGCUUAUCAAAAGAAAAACGAAGUGGCAGAUAUUGAUGCAUACAUUAAUGUUAUGCGAAAUAAAACAGAUAAAGUGCUAGUAGUAUCCCAAUUGAAACAUAAAUUGUUAAGUAUUGGAAGGAAAAUCAUAAAUAAACAAGGUUUUAAUUGUACUGGUUUGUUGAGAUUCAUGGAACAUAAAAAUUUGGAUGUUAUAUGGAUCACUAAACCUUUUCCAGUAAAACCUAAUAAAGAUACUAAUUACAUACGAAUUUUGACCAAACUUCGUGAAAACGAAACUCCUGACGACUAUGGUUGGAAGUUUGUUAUUGAUAAUAAUGUACAUGAUGACAAUAUAGCGAUUAAACAAAUAUUGAAUGAUACAUCCAGUGGUAUUCCGAGCGGCACGAAUUUAAUUCAAGAUGCAUGUACGCCAGAAAGAAAUCACAAACCCAAUGAGUCAAAGCCCAUUGAGCCAAAACCCGUUGAGCCAAAACCCACUGAAAAUGUUCAGCAAAAUGUGAUGAAUAAGAAGACUGAAAUAGCUAAUUUACCUGCAGUGUUGUAUGUUAAUACCAAUAGCAAUGCAAGUAAUGUGCCUAAAAAGCUUCUGAACGCUAAUCCCGUCGCCAACCCGAAGCUUUUGCCUAAGAAGUCAGUACAAAGUAAUGAUAGAGCAAAUAAACCACUCAGCGCUACGCAACCUAAGGGUCGCAACGACACCGAUGCUGGCGCUAGCUUCAGCAUGCCCAUCAUUACGUGUACUACUUCUUUAGCCUCUAGUACUACUGAAGAACAAAACAAACAAAAGGAGGCUCGAAGAAUUUCUGCUGGAGGUACUGACGUUGGUACACCUGCUCCUAGAAUAAAAGUUAAACCUGUCUCCGAAUUGAUGUCAGAAAGAACUUUAAAUAGCUUGCGGAAUGAAAAUAUGAUUAACGAAAAUAUACUAAAAGAAAAUACUGCAUCUACUACUACUAAUAUCACAAAGGUUGUAGCGGGUCCUAUUGUUUGGCCACUACAACAACCAUUUAAUAUUUUUGUGCCGAAUAUGUCAUCAUCGCCGAUUAUGGCAAGUCAACCAGUACAACCAGUUAUUGCAAAUCAACCAGUGCAGCAGGUGCAGACACUGUGCGGCAGUUUACCUUCACCAGAAGCAAACAUUCCAGAAUUAUUGAAAGAUUGUCCACGUAACAAAGUAAUGUUAGACACUGUUGAAUUUCCAAACACGACAACAGAAUCACCUUUCAAAUACCUUAAGGACCUUUUGCAACUACAUAGUUUGGUGUUACUUAACUCCCGUGAAAGUUUAUCACCUGAUUUUUCUUGUCUUAUCAAAUUCAAAGUUUUAUUUCAGAAAGAAAAUAGUACGGAUAAACCCAUUGUCCUUUGCUUACUCAUGUUUUGCUUCAAAAAUAAUUUUUGUCUAAGAGUAAGAGAUGAAAAUCAGAGAGAAGUAGAUUUCGCCAAAUUAUCUGCUAAUUGGCAAUGGGAAAUUCUCCAAAUUUAUAGAGGAGAAGUGGUGACUAAAAUUUUACAAAAUGCUCAGAGAGUAAGCAACGAGUCGUACGGAUAUACAACCAACUUCUUUUGUUUGCUGAAAUCUAUCAACUGCAAGGGAUACUUAUAGUGUUACCGAUGUCACUUGGCUGCAAGGCCAAAGCCGAAAUUGAAGCGCAUAUUUAUGGACUAAAAUAAUGCGCGUGGCUUUGUUACCUGCAGCUAAGUGACUCGGUAUGCCUGCUAGCGUGGGCAUACCUUUUUAAUCAGUUUCAAUACUGAAAAAUGCUGUAAAUACUCCUCUGCUUUAACAAUACUGGGGGCCAGAAACAAAAUCAUAUGUAAAUAUUUAAUACUUCAUGUGCACCUUGAUAAAACAAAUGACCCAGGCACCAUGCUAGAAGACGAGCAGCAUGAUAUGCCUUUACCUUAAAGUUUGUUGUAACUUCGUACCUGCCAUAUGUUAAAACAAAGUAGCUAGACCAUGAGGUAUAUUGCGGACAUUUGUACUAUAUAAGUACACCUGGUAUAUACAUUAAAUUUGUAAAUUAGUUUCUUUUUGUUGUUACGUACGUAAUUUGUCAUAAUACCUACGGUAUGAUAAUAAGUCACUAUAUUAAGAUAUUGUUGUUUGUAUAGUUAGAUGUAUAGUCGACAUCUGAAAACAAAUUCAUGGUUAAUUAAGAGUUCAUAUAACAGAGAAAUAUACCUAGAUAAAAACAAAA